AUGGCUAAUUCCAGAGCUCUUUUCUCCGACCUCAAAUCCGGCAAGUGCUCUUUUAAACUAUGUUGCAUGAAGGACUAUGAAGAGUUAGCUGCAACUGUGAUGACCAUAGUUGACUGCGUUGUGAAUAAGACUUGGGAGAAGAUAGAGUCGUCUACUGAUGUUCUGAAAGGGAUAUUAAGACCUGUUGUGGUAGGAGUGGAAGAAAUUUCAUGGCCUCCAAGAGAUCCUGAAGCUAUCAAUGAAAUGGAAAAGGAAAUGAUACAACGGGAAAAAGAAGGGCAAUUAGACGAAGGGUUUCUUUCAGAAGUUAGUGCUCAGCUACGGCAGGCAAAAGAAGAUAAAGACAAACCAAGGCUUGCGGCUAAGCUUAAGAAAGUUCUACAACUCUAUGCUGCUACGGUCCUCUCCAAGCGUAGCUACGCAAAGAGAGGUGCAUGUGCUCAAGUCACUCGCUCACUCUAA